GCCAAAUAUUUGUACAUGAGACGGCAACCAAAGUUCAAAGGCACACGUUUGGGUCAGCACAAAACGUUGUAAGCCAACGCGACAUCCCGUGAGUAAUUCAGCGGCGGUUACCGGCUUCAUGAUCACCCUUGAUCAGUCAUCAUAAUAGAAUGGCAGCUGUGCUCACCUAAUAAGCAGCCUUCCUUGCUCACACCUCCUCUCGUUCUCCAUCAUCUCAUCCACCAAGGCUCACCGUACCGAAAGGUCUUCACUAGAUAACUUGAUGAGCGAGCGAUGGUCCGAGCAACGCUUCUCAUCCUCUUCAACAACCAGCAAUAGUCCUUCGGACCCAUCUCAUGAUCAGGCCGUCACAUAUACCACAACAUAUACACGAUACCUCACUCCACCUGCCCCAGAACCCUCCCCCCUGCAUCGGUCAUCCAAGCAAAUCUAUUCAAAUAGCCGGAAUGCAACAGAAAACCCGCACAUGGGAGAUGUUCGUCAUGCUUUCCAACAACUCGACACUAACUCGCAAAACACAAUUCUUGCUGAACUAUUGUCUUCCUGUACCAUCGAGACGUUGGUUCACCUGUCAAAUGUCAUCGCGCCCCGCAUUAAGCGUGAUUUUCUGAAAGAUCUACCGACAGAAAUUUCCUUGCACAUCUUGUCAUUCAUUGAUGACCCAAAGACACUCGUACGAGCUAGCGCUGUUAGCAAACACUGGAACUCACUUCUCAUGGAUGAAUGCAUCUGGAAAAACAUGUGCGGAGGGCACAAGUUUUGCUGCCCACAACGUCUCAAGUCGCCGUCUGAUGUUGGAGAGUGCAACUCUCCGCGAGCACGAAUCGUUCGCAGGCUAAGCUUACCGGAUGUCAAUUACGAGACUAAUCUGGUUGGAGAAGAUGAUGGUUGCGGUGGCAGCAUUUCGAUGGACGAAGACGACGAAUUCCGUUAUGGUCAUCACACAACACCUGAAUCUUCGCACGCCGCCCUGGCCGAAUUCAAGAUGCAACUCGAUCGCAAGGACUCGGGGAUGUCCUUGGUUCUUCCAGACACACCUGGUGACUCAGAUUCUUCAGAGCCUGCGCCUCCCCAGCCAUCGGAGUGUAUCGAAAAGUGUGCAGACUCCAAGCAUGCUCAAAUUGAAUGUGCCCCUGCCAUGGGCGUCCCAUUCGACUCAUGCACAGCAUCAAUUGAGGUCCAGGAUGAGGCCGCGCCGCCUCCAGCCAGUAAUACGAAAGGAAAAGAAAAGCAUGGCUCGCUUCGGCGUACUUCCGCUCCUUCGCGACAAAGGCGUGCUCAGCCUCCUUUCUUGUAUCGACAACAUUUCAAAGUGUCCUAUCUCACCGGUAUGGAUCAGUGGUCGUGCACGUGUCUAGCCCGGACCUGACAAUGUUUAAUCUUCCGUAUUUCUCACACGCUCGUAAACAACAAAUGGGUUCUCAGAAAUGAACUGGCGCCAAGGUGGCCGUCUUCUCCAUACACAUCAUCCCCCUGGAGAU